AUGACUGACGUCCCACCAACCGAGUCCAUUCCCAAACCAGAGGAACCUAAAGAACCACAACAGUCUCCUCAGCAACCUCAGUUCCAGCAAGUACCUCCGAAUUACUACCAAUUUCCACCUCAAGGUUACUACCCACCAAAAGGCUUCCCGAACUACCCUCCUCAGCCUAUGCCUUACUUCCCCAACCCUUGGAUGUUUAUGCAAAACCCUGCCCCACAAUUCCAAUUCCAAUCUCAGUCCAAGAGAGACCAAGACUUCGAAGAAGGUCUGAACCGCUUACGCAAAGAGUAUGCUACAGCUCCAAUUGAGAGAAAGUUGUUCCCGGACCAAAAAUAUAAUUUAGGUGAAGAGGUUAGAUCUAACCUCAUUUCUAACCCGAUUUCUACCCUCUUGAAUUUUCAUGAAUUUUAUAUAUUAAUGUUUUCGUUAAGCCACUUUGUGCCGUCAGUCAGUCAGUCAGUCAGUUUAGGAAAGACUUUAGAAAGUUGUUGGAAAAUAAGUCCUGGGAAGAGUAUUAUAAGGCAUUUUGUGAAGAAUAUAGCAACCGCCGGAAUUCGGACUGUUGCUUUUUAUACAAAAUUCAUGCAGGAAAUUCUUGAGUUUUGGUUGAAAGAAUACGGUGGAGCCAAAAGUGGCUCGACCUCAAAACAAGCAUUUUAUGAGCUUACUAAGGGCGUUAUAAAUGAAUUCAAAGGUAUUUACAUACAUCCUGACCUCGUUCAUUUUGUUGCUGAAUUCAGCAAAAAUAAUGUUUAG